CCUUCCCUCCUCUUCACAGGUGAAAUGUUUGUUCGGAAGCGGUAAGCUCUGCGAUGCCUGAGAAAGGAGAUCUGAGCGUUAUUAUCUGAUCGGCUCCCGAUGCCUCGAUGCACUGCUACGUGAGCGUGCAACGAAGCAGGCAGAUUGAUUGAGUUUACGACAUGGUCCUCGGUCGUAACUAAGGUAUUUUAGCGGACUUCCACCUGCAAGAACGCAGGUCACGGCGGCAGGUGUACGAACCAGGAGCGUAUGCACCCUAAAGUGCUGCGAGUAAGACUGCGCCAGACCCGCUCGCCCCGUCGAGACUCAAACGAGGUCCCCUGUGGAAGAAACUUGGGCAAAAACUUUCGAAGAUGGGAGAAGGUGCAGCGAAUCCGCCCUUGUCGGUGCACGUCAAGAUAACCGUUGACCCGGCCAAUUCCGACGCCUUCCUCGCUGUGCUGCGCCCGCUCUUCGAGAAGGUAACUGCCGAGCCACUCAACGUGUUCUGCGAGGUUUACCGCGACGACAAGAAUCCGGGCGUGUUCCGCAUUGUCGAAAAUUGGAACGCCAGCCUGGAUUACAUGAUGAGUGUGAGCAGCGCAUUGUCGUGAAAGGCACCUUCUGGUGUACUGUUGCAGUCGCGCUAACUACCUGCUUGCCCGGAUACAGGUGCAGGUGAAGAAGGACUACUACAAGCCCUACCGUCAGGCCGCCGAGGCGCUGUUCAUCAAGCCCCAGGAGGCCGAGAUCCUCAGUCGAAUGCCGGGAACGGAUUGGGCCAGCGCCAAAAGGGAGUUUUAUCCGGAUAGGAGCUGAAAGAAAAUCAUCAGUGCAGCACUGUAUGGAUGGUUUGAUGGUGCCAUGGGAUUGGUGCUGACGCGCAAGGAUGCGGAGUAGCGAGCCGGAUACAAGAGUUUGAUCAGUAGUUACUUCGUACUGUAACUGCACACUGUUGGCGGUGAUGCGCCUAUGAAGCCGCCAAGCGGGGUCGUCUGUAGCCCCGCGGCACAAAUAAUUG